UACCGCACUGGCGGACAGGAAGAGAUAGAGGACGGAGUUUGGUUGUGGGGCGCUAGUCGCUUCUAUCGGAUGGCAGCAAGCAGCAGCAGCAGCAGUACAAGCAGCAGGAGCGAUGAAGUGUGGCAUCGGCGGCUGUGGGGCAGCGUCAUUGGUUCCAGUCGCGGACGCUCGAGCAACGCUCUGAGCUUUCUCGAGCGAUCCGAUAGAUCGACAGAUAGCCCCACCGUGGCAGCAGCGACAACAAACCCUUGGCCGGUCGGAUUCGUGCCGCCUCAGGGCACAAAAUCCACCCGUACAACGGGAUGGUCGCAGUUGCACACCCCUUACUUGCCCCGUACCUCGGCUUUGGCGUUCUUGGAGAGAGUUCCAGGAAGGGCUAGGGGUAGCAACAUCGUUGGUGGAGCAGGGGCGGAAGAUGGGCUGGGCACCCUAAGCGGUGGGAUAGUGGCCGCUGGUGCUGAUCGAGGGGGGUUCUUGCCAAGGCCAUACGACACCGGAAGCGAGUGUUCUGACGCAGAGGAGGACAGCGACAUCUGCCCCUCCAUGCUCUACAGCUGCUUCCCGUGCUUCAAUUGGUCCAGGCGUGGCAAGCGACGGCCGGCAGACUUGCUCGACGGCGGCUUGGCCAACGGCGUAAAGAGGGAGUCUCGGGCGCAACUAAGCCUUAGCACUCCGCUGCUUACCGAGCAGCCCCCGUCGCCAACGAAUUUCCCCACGGACGUUAGGUUGAUCGAGGUGGAGGUGGAAUCGGCCAGAAAUUUACCCUUGGGCGAACGAGUAAACAUGGCCGACUUGGCUGGAACGUACGCGAUCCUCCGGAUAACGCCCGUGCAAGAAGGGGUCGGGGAGCAGGUCAAUCAGACCUCGUUAGCCACCAGACCCGUCAACCCAAGCUGGGGAGGGCGUGAGACGUUCACGUUCUUCGUGACGGACGUGGCCGGCUCCAAGGCCUUCUUGUCGCUACAGCUUCUGUACCGACCGCUCCGACCGCCCCCGACCCCGCAACCGCUGCCGCCGCCUCUGCCAUUGCGCCGGGGUGCUUCGGAGGCAAGCCUUGCAUCUGUUUCCUCUGGGAGUCGCCAUGGGGACGUGGCGAUCGCGGAGGGCUUCGUGGACUUGCUUGGGCUUUUCUCUCUUGUUGACGGCACUUACACGCCCGGAGCGAUGAAGGGAAACACUAGACGAGUGGCAGUACCCAUGAGGGAGCCCAAGGGGAAAAGACGUACCAGGUGCUCGGUGAUGCUGGGUCUGAGAUGUCGCCGAGUGAACGAGACCAUCGACACGCGAGAGGAUAGAUUGUACGAGUAUGAGCGGUGGACGCGUGUGGCCGGGUGGAGCACAGCAGGCAAAAAGAGGGCCGGAAAAUGGAGCACGCUGGACGGAAGCGUUUUGAGCGACAAUUUUGCGGACGUGGCACCAGGUGUGGGAGAAGAUACGGAGGUGGUCCUCCCGUGGUGCCCGUUCGGAGGAUGGGAGUACUCUAGAGGUGAGGAGACGCCCGCAUCUGCUGGGAACACCGGCACGAGCGAGGCGGGCGGUGGACAACGAGACGAAGUUGCCCCAAGCUUGGGUGCCGAAGAGUGGGAAAAUUUUGCCGUCGCCCAGAAGGGCGCGGUGUGGAUGGAGGGCUAUGUCCAGGGAGACCAAGCCGUGAGACGCAGGCUGUGGAGACGGGUAACAGCGGCAUAGGCUUGUCGAGGGCGGACCAGGGUUGUGAUAGUCGUAGGGAACGUCCAGUGGGUGGUUGGUAUAUUUCGUGUCCGGGUUUGACAAGACGCGGGCACGACCCUCCCAUGGAUUUUGGAGCACGUCUUGUGCUACCUAUCGUAUUGUGUCCGUGUGAAGGCGGGACUUUGCUCAUCGCCACCAUGUCGUGGUUCUGGUGUGAUUUCGCCAGCAC